AAAAUUAUAUUCUAUUAUAUCUUCACUAUUCGAUGCUGCAUGUUUCAAAAAAAUAAUCGCUGCGGUUCGCCAACUUGGGAUAUUAAUCAUUCGAUUGUUAUUCAAACGAUACCAAUUAUACAUUACGACAUUCUAUCGUCGACGUAUGAGAUAUGUAACGAAUGUACAAACCAGAUCACUUGCAAUUUCUAGUAACAUUCACGUUAAACAAACCAAAGCGACCCGCGUUUCAUUUUCAUACACUUUUUUCAUUGACUAAAUCAGAUUCACUGUCUACAAAAUAAUUUCACAAAGAAGAAAUCUUCGAACAGGUGAGAAUCGAGAAUUCAACACAUGAUAUCAACCCAAUGAGGAUUCAAGAUAACUUUUGUAGGUCAUCUUCAGCCAAUCAAGAGAGUAGGGUAGAGCUCGAACAAGAGUUCUUAGCGGGUCAACAAAGUAAAAGAAAGGUCAACAUGAUAAGGUAUAAAACAAGAAACAAAGAUUGAAAAGAUCAUCAGUUACUUUUCGGCUGUCGGCAAAGCAGGUGUAUGGACUAGUGACAAUGAUUUCGAGAAAAACUGUGUUAGUGUUGGUUCUUGUGGCAUGUGCUGUAGCACAGGACAGUUUAGAAAAUACCGGUGUACGAGUGGCACUCAAAAUAUAUGAUGAUUGUUCGAAAGCCGACGGUUUCAGCCCUUGUCUCAAGAAAAAAGCUAUAACGUUUCUCGAUAGGCUAGGAAGAAUGGAUAAGUUUUCUCUUGCCGAAGGAGUUAUAGUUACUAAAGUUGCCGAUGCACCUAAGGAAGGACCUGUAGUCACAGAAGAACAAUUGGAAAAAACUCUACCCCGAUCAGGUGAUGCCAAGGAUGAGAUCCUCACCAACAUGUUGAUGGAAAAAAUCAGCAACUUCAUUGGAUCCAGAACUAUUCAGGUAUCCCUUCCCAAAAUCUCUGGGCGUGAACUGGCCGAAGAUUUAGGAAUCGAAGAAGGUCGUAAAAAGGAAGGCGGUGGUUUGGGAGGAGGCGGUGGAGGAAAAAUGAAAAUAGGAGGCAUGAUGGGUGGCAUGAUGAUGGGAAUUGUAGCUAAAAUGGUGGCGAUGAUUCCCUUAGCUAUUGGUGGGCUGUUUCUUCUCGCAGGAAAAGCCUUGAUUACGGCAAAAAUCGCUCUUCUCUUAUCCGGAAUUAUUGCAAUCAAAAAACUCUUCGCAUCUAAACAAGGUGGAGGAGGCGGUGGACACAGCAGCGGCGGCUGGCAAUCCGGAGGUAGCAUAGGUGGUGGAUACGGAGGCGGUGGACAUGGUGGUGGCUGGCAAUCCGGCGGCGGUGGAUGGGACAAAAGGUCUCUGGAAGAAGCCCAGAAUCUGGCAUACAAUGCUCACAGUCCAAAGUAGAUACUCUGUUUUGGAUUCAUUAGCUAGCCAAUAUUUUGUACAAAUAUUCUUUGACCAAUUUUCUGGUCAUAUUUAUGUUUGAUUUUCUUUUAAUGACUUCGACAUUCGACAGUAUUUCUAGACAUGGUAGCUUCAGUUUUCUAAUUAUUUAUUUUCAGUAUUUAUAUUAUUUAUAUAUGUGACGUUGACGACAUGACGAGACUUUAACUUUUUUACCAGACAGUAUUUUCUUCUUCUCCAAUAAAAUGUUUACAUA